AUGCUGUGUCAUUUGGUUCCGUUGCCGCGGAAGGAAAAACCCGGUUCGGUUCUGGUUUACCUCAACGUUUACGAUCUAACCCCAAUGAAUGGUUAUGCUUAUUGGUUCGGUCUUGGAGUUUAUCAUUCUGGUGUUCAAGUUCAUGGGGUUGAAUAUGGAUUUGGAGCACAUGAACGUGAGACUACUGGAAUUUUUGAAGUGCAGCCUGGGCACUGUCCAGGAUUUACGUUUAGGAAAGCAAUUUAUAUUGGAUCGACGGAUCUGGGACCGAACGAGGUUCGGGGAUUUAUGGAAAAGCUGUCUCAAGACCUAAAUGAAACAAAGGUUGGACAAGUUUCAUUAGACAAGAUUCAGGAAGGAGAAAGUAAGAAAAUGAGAAGUCAGUCCCGCCGGCAGGAGGCGUCUUCCAAUCCUUCACUACCGCCAAACCAAAGACAUUGCGGUAUCCCAUCAUCGUCUGUUAUUAAUGCUUCAUCCUCAACCAUAGCAGUAAAAUAA